AUGGCCAAAAGAGGAUUCUACAGCAAGAAGGCUGUUGCCGAAAGGAAGAAGCAGGCCGCCACCAACAAGGACAAUGGCGGUGAUCGGCCUCCUCCGCUGCGAGCAAGACAGCUACCACGGCUCCCUGUGAAUGUUCAUUCCAACAAACAUGUUCCAGUUGUCACAUGGACAAGAGGAAAGGGCAAGGUACCCGAUAAGGAACGUUUCGCUUCCAGGAACAAACAGGUUCGAGAUCUGGACGAUUUGGUGAAGGAUGGAAAGCUACCAGCUUACAAGGAAAUCAAGGACGUCGUCAACGAAGAGAAAGAAGCCAUCCUUUACAUGGCCACGUAUGGUAUCAUUCGUAUUCCUACUUGCUGCGGCCGCUGCAACAGUCCAUGCAAAUGGAAAGGUCCUGAGCAGGUGACCAUGAGAUGCAGGAAGCAGAACUGCGAAUUUACUUGCCCCGCUGAUUGUGAACGAUGUGGAAGCAAGCUAAAGAAUCAGUUAGAUACCAGAGGAGAUGUCUUCGGCUAUUGUCCUGACUGCGAUUGGAUUUGGAAUCAGGGACAGUCAUGGGAGCGGUCAAUCUACCAUGGUAGUGUACUCCAGAACUGCCGUUUGCCUAAGAACGAGGUUCUCCAUCUAUUUUACCUGUAUCUAAUGAGGGUUCCUACGGUGCCUGCAGCAUUGAUGCUGGGCUGGACAGUUGAGGUCGUUGGCAAAUGGAUGCGGCACUGCAGACAACUAGUAGCAGAAAUGGUGAUUCAGGAGGACCGGGAGACCAUAAUGCUUGGUGGACCUGGCAUCAUUGUCGAGAUUGACGAGUCUAAAUUUGGCAAACGCAAGUACAACAAAGGUCGCAGGGUCACAGCUGACUGGGUCCUAGGGAUGGUGGAAAGGACAGAGCAACGUAAGCUGGCAAUGAUUGCUGUGCCUAGGCGAACUGCGAAUGUUCUAAUUCCCCUGAUCACUGCAUUUGUCCGCCCUGGAAGUGUCAUCCACACCGACCAGUGGAAGGCAUACAACCGCUUAGGGUACUUUGCCGACUACAACUACACCCACAAAACCCUCUGUCACAAGAAGGAGUUCGUUGCAAAGGAUGGGACGCACACGCAAACAAUUGAGGGUUCAUGGUCUUUCAUGAAGAAAAAAAUGCCAGUACAAAAGCGCAGUGGACAUAACUUGCAGGAAUAUUUGUGGGAGGUGAUGUGGAUGAGGCAGCACGAGAAGGGUCUGUGGGAUGCUUUCCUACGGGGACUCAGCAAAUUCCGGUACACACCAGCAGAGAUUGAGAGACUCUGGGACUUGCGAGAUGAGAGUGACCCAGCUGGAUGGAACGAGGAAGACUACAUUCAGAGCGAGGACGAAGACGAAUUGGAGUACGAUACAGAUGAUGAGGAAUACGAAAGUGAUGGAGAAGGGACGGCUGCUGCUGCGACACUACUUGGUUUGCAGCGAGCUGUCAUUUAG